CAACAAGAACUGUCGCCAUCAAAAAUGUUUUUUUUUUUUUAAUUAUUUUUUCCAAAUUAAAUGGAAGAUUUGUCAAAAUAGAAUUCAUGAUGAUUUGAUCAAAAUAUUCAAACCCAUUUCAGAGGUCCGGAAAAACAGCAGAAACAGUGGGAGAGAGAGAUAAAAAGAGUCAAAAAAACAGAUAGUCGGACACAGAGCACAGUUGAUGGUGGGAAAAGAUUCGGUGCGUGGCGUCACAGAUUUACCCCCACCACCAUGGACUGUUUUCUUCGGUUUUUUCCAUGUCUCCCUUCUUCUUGUCCUUCUCCUUCCACAGACUGUAACUGCCAACCAUCCAUUACUUCGCCAGAAGAAAUCGUGCACCGAUCAACUCCAUUGUCAUCUUCAUCUACGGCUGAAGAACUAGAUGAUGAUCAGAGCGAGUUGAUGAUCAAAAUAAUCACAGUAAAGGGUCUGAAACCCAUCAUGGUCCCCUUGAGAACCCAUCAAAGGCUAGCCUCCAUGGAGGGUCAUAAGAUUAUGCUUGACAAAGAAUUUUUCACAGAAUAUGGCGAGGCAAGUCAAUAUGAAAUUCAAGAAGUGGUUGGCAAGGGUAGCUAUGGUGUUGUUGCAUCUGCAGUUGACACGCAUACUGGGGAGAGAGUAGCUAUCAAGAAGAUGAAUGAUGUUUUUGAGCAUGUCUCUGAUGCAACUCGCAUUUUAAGAGAAAUCAAGCUCCUUCGGCUGCUGCAUCACCCUGAUAUUGUAGAAAUAAAACAUAUAAUGCUCCCUCCCUGCCGAAGGGAAUUCAAGGAUAUAUAUGUUGUGUUCGAGUUGAUGGAAUCUGACCUUCACCAAGUAAUUAAGGCAAAUGAUGAUCUUACUCCUGAGCAUUAUCGAUUUUUUCUCUACCAGCUGCUUCGGGCUCUGAAGUAUAUACAUACAGGAAAUGUCUUCCACCGAGAUUUAAAGCCAAAAAAUAUACUUGCUAAUGCAGACUGCAAGCUGAAGAUUUGUGACUUUGGGCUUGCUCGUGUAUCAUUUAACGAAGCACCAUCAACUGUUUUUUGGACUGAUUAUGUGGCAACUCGUUGGUACCGUGCUCCUGAACUAUGUGGUUCUUUUUUCUCCAAGUAUACUCCUGCUGUUGAUAUUUGGAGCAUAGGAUGUAUAUUUGCAGAAAUGCUAACAGGAAAACCAUUGUUUCCUGGAAAAAAUGUGGUGCAUCAAUUGGAACUCAUUACUGAUUUGCUUGGCACGCCAUCUGCAGAAUCUAUUUCAAGGAUUCGGAAUGAAAAGGCCAGAAGAUAUCUGAAUAGCAUGAAGAAAAAGCAACGAAUUCCAUUCUCACAAAAAUUCCCUAAUGUGGAUCAUUUGGCUCUUCGUUUGCUUGAGCAUUUGCUUGAAUUUGAUCCUAGAGAUCGCCCUUCUGCUGAAGAGGCAUUAGCUGAUCCGUAUUUUGAUGGAUGGGCAAAUGUGAACCAUGAACCAUCUAAACAACCCAUUUCAAGGCUUGAGUUUGAGUUUGAGAGGAGGAAAUUGACAAAAGAUGAUGUAAGAGAGCUGAUUUAUAGAGAGAUUUUAGAAUAUCAUCCAAAGAUGCUGCAAGAGUACCUCCAAGGUGCGAAACAUAGUGGAUUCAUGUAUCCAAGUGGGGUUGAACGAUUCAAGCGUCAAUUUGCCUAUCUUGAGGAAUACCACAGUAAUGGUGAAAGAAGCUCUCCACUAGAUAGGAGGUAUACCUCCUUGCCAAGAGAACGAGUUUGUGUGCACGAAGAGGAUGAGCAAAUUAAUAAGGGUAAAAAGAACAAUGCAGCUUCAGUUGGCCGUGCAGCACUACUGAGUCCCCCAAGGUCACAAUCGACUGAAAAACCAGACUGUGUCAAUGAAAACACAUUGGUCAUGCAGAAUGGUCUUAGCAAAGCAAAUUACAGUCCUUGUAGCUUAUUGAAGAGUGAUAGCAUUGGUGCUUCCAGGUGUGUAGGUGUACACGGGAAGUAUCGUGAGGAGGAUACAGUCGCGAAAUGAAAGUGAUUGUGUUUUCAUAAAGAAUGACAACACCAUAGUCUUGUAUAUCUAUGAAAAGCCAAACUGCCCAUGGGAUGGAUUUUAUCUCAUUGGCUAGCCCCAUAGCCCUGUUUUGUGGGUGGUUGUCAGUUUGUAUUGGUGAUAAUCAUGGGCAAAUGAUACUAGGGGUAUAAUAUUGUCAAUGAUUGUAAUCUACUAAUAUAAUAGUCCUUUGAAGAAUAGCUUUUUUAAGUUUCUUACUUUAUAAACCUAUAUAAUAUUUGCCUAGAAAUGAAUUGCAAUAUUACAGUUUUCCAUA